AUAUCACAAACCAAUUUGAUUUCCUAGACAUUCAAAAUGAAGUUUCAACCAACAACAUUAUUCAUUAUUCUUGUCAUCUUGGCUGUUUCCAUUCAUGAAUCAACACAACGGCCCCAACCUGACUUGAAAGAGCUCGUCGAAAAGCUUCCAAAUGUAAUAAUGGAAAUUAUGCAAAAGUUUCCAAAAAUUGACAAGGAAACUUUCCCCCAAAUCAUAAAAGAGUUGAAGUCAAGAUUCCCAAAUGUUGAUCCAAGAGAAUUUAUGCAGGCAGUGAAGGAAGUUCUUCCAAAAAUUAUGCAAAACUUGCCCAACUUGGGAUAAAAAGCUUUAAUUAAGUUUCUCAGAAGUGCUGUUAAAAACGAAUUGUGAGAAUCAUUAAAAGAUGUUGAAAUGCUGAUUUUUGUGAUGUUGCAACUUUAUUAAAAAUGCAUCUGAGAAGCCGAUCGACAAGAAGUUAACAAAAAAAAUUCUUUGUAAAUUUAGCACUCAAGUGGAAAACACUUAAUGGAAUAAAAAUAAACUAAGCAAUGCAUGAUUUCUCAUUAA